AAGUAACCAAAAUCCGGUAAACACAGUAUUACCAUUUCCUCAACUCCGGUCUCGCACAGUGCGUGGCGUUGUCUCCAACUUCUCUCCAAUGGCUCUACCCGUCCGUUGCUCCCAUUACACUCCACCGUUGGCUCCUUCAUUCCCUGCUUCUUCUUCAGUUGUUAGAUUCUUGCCCCCCAACUUCCUCCAAUUCACGCUUCCUACCCUCCGCCCCCUCUGUUGCCGCCCGUCCCACCGGCGGCCUGUAGCGGUCUUCACCGCCUCCCUCUCUGCCGUAGAUUCUCCAGCCACUUCCGGUAGCCAAGAGGAGAAGAAGCUCCUGCUCGAAGUCAAAGAACUGACGGCCGUGAUUGCGGAAUCCAAUCAACAAAUUCUCAAGGGCGUUAACCUCUCCAUCUAUGAAGGAGAGGUUCACGCAAUUAUGGGAAAGAAUGGUUCUGGGAAGAGCACACUGGCAAAGGUUCUUGUUGGUCAUCCAGAUUAUGAAGUUACAGGGGGCAGUGCAGUAUUCAAAGGGGAGAACUUGCUUGAUAUGGAACCGGAUGAAAGGUCACUUGCCGGGCUCUUUAUGAGCUUCCAGUCCCCUAUUGCGAUUCCUGGUGUGAACAAUAUUGACUUUCUGAAUAUGGCUUAUAAUGCUCGGCGAAGAAAACUGGGUCAGCCAGAGCUUGGACCGAUUGAGUUCUAUGCUUACAUUUUCCCCAAGCUUGAACUUGUGAAGAUGAAGGCAGACUUUCUUAAUAGAAAUGUUAAUGAAGGAUUCAGUGGUGGUGAAAGGAAGCGCAAUGAAAUUUUACAACUUGCAGUUCUGGGUGCAGAUUUGGCAAUCUUGGAUGAGAUUGAUUCUGGACUGGAUGUUGAUGCACUUCGAGAUGUUGCAGAAUCAGUGAAUGGGCUUUUGACUCCAAAAAAUUCUUUAUUGAUGAUUACUCAUUAUGCGCGUCUUUUGAAUUCUGUAAAGCCUACAUGGAUCCACAUCAUGGAGGACGGGAAAAUUGUGAAGACAGGAGAUAUUUCAAUAGCAAAACUUCUGGAGGACGAAGGGUAUCAAGCAAUUUCUGCAGCAUAACUGCAUGGCAAUUGAUGUUGGUAUUCUCUCUCCC